AUGGCCGCUCAGCAUCGCCUCCAGCGCCUGGCCUCCCCCUCGCCCUCCUUCUCGCUCCUCCUCCACCUCGCGGGCAUCGCCUCCUUCAUCUACAGCUUCUACUUCCUGACGAUAUGGGAGACGCCCUUUGACGAGGCCUACGGAUGGCACUUUCAGUUCCUCACCAUCAUCGGCCUCGCCGUCUCACUGCUCUGCUUCCUGUCCGGGGCUGUCGCCGACGUGACGGGCAGCGCCGUGCUCUUCGACCUCAAGAACGCCCUCGCCGUGCUCGCCACGCCCCUCGAGGUCGUCAUCUCCCUCCUCUACUGGGGCAUCAGCGCCGUCGACCCGGAGCUCCUCUUCGUCGGUGAGCUCACCCUGCCGCUGACCGCCGACGUUGGGUUCCACCUCGCGCCCGCCGUCUUCCUCACGCUGGACCUCGUCCUGCUGAGCCCGCCGUGGACCGUCCCCGCGUACGGGGUCAUGAGUCUGAGCACCGUCUUUGCCUUUGGGUACUGGUACUGGGUCGAGCUCUGCUUUAGCAAGAACGGAUGGUAUCCGUAUCCGCUGUUCGGCCUGCUGUCCACCGCGCAGCGUAUCCUUCUCUUUGUUACCUCCGCGGCGCUCGUCACUGUGUCGUCCGGCGCCCUCAAAUGGGUGUAUGGAAAUUUCAACGGCUAUGAAAACGCCAGAAGAGAGCCUCAUAAGCCGAUGACAAAGGUACAGUAA